GUGAGCUGGAGCAGCAGUUGUGCCCCGAGUACCCCAAUAUCGUUUUCUCCAGGGUGGUGUGCGGGGACCCUCCUGGCCCUGCGCUGCCCGGGGAGGUGAGGCAGUUUGGUCGCCAGUUCCUGGUGGAGGUGGCUGGGGGGCUGCCGGACUGCGCCAUGUUCUAUGUGGGAGCUGAGGGCCUGCUUCUCACCAGCUUCAUGCUGACCUGGAACUGCUGCCCCUUCAGCUCCUUCAACCCUGCCGCUGGAUGUGGCCGGCGCCCGAACAUCAACCGGGCCCUGAUGCGACGCCUCUACCUGGUGGAGCGGACCCGGGAUGCGCAGGUGGUGGGCAUCCUGGUGGGCACCCUCGGCGUGGCGGGCUACCUGGCUGUGCUGCAGCACCUCCGCAAGCUUCUGCACCGGGCCGGCAAGCGCAGCUACACACUGGCUGUGGGGAAGCCGAACCCUGCCAAGCUGGCCAACUUCCUGGAGGUGGACAUCUUCGUCCUGGUGGCCUGUGCUCAGAACUCCCUGCUGGACUCCAGCGACUUCUACCGGCCCAUUGUGACCCCCUACGAGCUGGAGCUGGCCUGUAACCCGGCCCGCGAAUGGACAGGGAACUACUUCACUGACUUCCGAGACCUGCUGCCAGGUGCCUGUGCGCACAUUGAGCUCCCACCGGCCGUCCCUGCAGCAGAGGCUGUUCCUGACAUCUCGCUGAUCACGGGGGAGAUGCGUGCUGCCCACCUCCGUGACCCCCCGACUACCCAGCUGCCCCCCAGCACUGCUCUGGCCUGCAGGGACCAGACUCGGGCCCUCGCGGAGAUCAGCCCUGCUGCCUCCUUCCUGGAGUCCCGCAGCUGGCGGGGCCUGGAGCAGCAGCUGGGGCAGACGCCCAUCUCCAAGGCUGUGCAUGGCCGACGAGGGAUUGCCAUUGCCUAUGAGGAGGAGGGGCACGAGCAACCCUGA